AUGGCGCUGUCGCUUACUGUACUGGCCAUCGUCCUGCUGCUCACCUCUGCCUGGCGGGGAUUCCAGGUCUAUGUCAAGAAAGAGCGCCUUCCCAAUGUGGACUUCUUACGCAUCAGCCAGAAGCCUGGCGGCAAGGCUGGAGAUGCCGACGAUGUGAAAGCAUUUCUAUCCGACAGUCUGUCUGCGAUCAUGAAAGGAUAUAAUGAGUACUCAAAAAAGGGCAAACACUUUCUGUUGCGAACUCCGCGACAAGUCUACUUCAUUGCUGCGCCCCGAUGUCUUGAGGAGAUCCGCAAAAUCUCAGACAACCAGCUAAGCCAACCCGCAGCGGCGAUCACCAUUUUUCAGAUCAAGCAUAAUUUUCAUGAAGCGCUCGAGAACGACAGCUACCACUUCAACGUAGUCCGAGGUAAGAUGAGACAGGCUCUGGGAUUCCACCUGGACAGCCUUACCGAAGAGUCCCGCCACGCGUUCGACGUCGAGAUUGGAGGAAGGGAAGGCGAGUGGAACGAGUUGAACGUGUGGAACGUGACCUGCAAGAUUGUCACCCGCAUGGUGAACAGGAUGUUGGUGGGAGAGCCACUGUGUAGGAACGAGGAGUAUCUUCAGUUCUCUUGCGACAUCGCACCCUCCGUGUUCGACACGGCGCUGAGGAUUCGAAACUAUCCGGACUUCAUGAAGACGAUCAUGAUGUAUUUCAUGACCGAGCGCAAGCGGCAACAGGCCCUGGCGAACAAACAUCUCCUGCCUAUCAUCAAACAGCGAAUGGCCAUGCUGCGGGAUCCUGCCGCGAAACAGAAGACGGACAGGCCUAAUGAUACGAUUCAAUGGCUCUUGGAUAUGACGCCUCCUGAGAAGAUGGACCCCGAGAUCCUCCUGCAUAGACUGGUCCACAUCAACGUCAACGCGAUCCACGCCCCGGCGUAUACAAUCACGGAGUGUAUCUUCGAUCUGUGCCGGCAUCCUGAAAUUCACGAGGAGCUCCGAACCGAAAUCUCCGAGGUAUUGGGUCUGCACAGAGAGGGGGGUGGUUGGAGCAAAGAGAAUAUCGACCGUCUGCUCAAACUGGAUAGCUUCAUCCGCGAGUCGUCACGCUUGACGCCCAUGAGUGCAAUCAAAAUGGAAAGAUACGCGGUCCGCGACACUGUCCUCAGCGACGGCACCAUGAUCCCCAAGGGCACGUCGAUUGGCGUGAUCUCACACGGUCGUCAUAUGGACGACGACAUCUGCCCGAAUGCCACGACCUGGGAUCCGUUCCGAUAUGCUCGCCUUCGCGAGGGCCGAAACCCUGCUGACAUCGAGAACACGUUCGCGGAAGCGAGCCCGGACAACAUGCUCUUCGGACUUGGAAGACACGCAUGCCCCGGCCGCCACUUCGCGUCGGCUGUCUGCAAGAUCUUCUUGGUUACCACACUUGCGCGUUACGACAUCAAGUUCCUCGAGGGAAAGCCGCUUCCCGAAGGUCACUGGACGCAAAAAUUCCGUCACCCUGAUGUCAAGGCUACAAUCGGCUGGAAGCGCCGGCCGAUGGAGAAGAGGUUCGCCGGCCUUAUGGACUAG